GUAAAAACCAGAACCGCUUUAAUUUACAUUGUAUUGUCCAGAAAUUUGAUCCGCUGAUCAUAUUAGAGUUACUACCCUUGACUGUUGUUUUUAGAUUUUCAAACAUCCUUUGAAAGGCUGUAUAUGAUCUAAACGUCUUUUGAAGAAAUAUUUAUCUACUAAUUGUUUGGAUAAUUUCAAUUGAUCGAUAAAUUUUCAAUUCACUUUUUGACAAAUACAUCAGUACAAGAAUACUCUUCUGAAAGGUAUUUUCACGUCAGCAAUAUCGCAAUGAAGACGAAUUCUGUUACCCAGCAUUCAGUGGGGUGAAAAUUCAAAUUGAGGCUUUUGAGUGGUUGGCGCCUCGUGUCGAAGGAUAAGUAUGGCGGCGACUUCAUCGUCUCUCAAGGCAAUUCUGUCUGAAUCAUCUUCAGAAAAUUAUGACAUCACAACCAAGUUGAAUGAGCUGAGCAGAAGAAUCAACAAGAUGAAAGUAAAUAUUCAUGAUAUCAUCCAAAACAAAUAUGUUGACUUUCUCCCCCAAUUGAUUAUUGCCCAAAAACUCUCCAAAAGAGUAGAAAACUUGAAGGGGGAGAUGAAAACUGUAAAGACGGAAAUAAAUACUGAGAUUAGUUCCCAGUUGAAUAAAUCAAAUAAUCAGUUCCAAAAAUUGUCCAGCCAACGAGAGGAAGCAACGUUAACACUGUCUUUUCUUGAAAAACUGCUCGUUUUGAAUCAGCACCUUGAGUCAGCUGAUGAAGCCUUUCGUCACACUAAAUUUGUAGAAGUAACUGGAAAUUUGCUGACCCUCCAAAAAAUUCUUUCCAAGCCAGUCCAUGUGCGCGAGGAGGAAAUAAAAAUUUUAAAUGCCAUCCAAACUGAAAUAAAGAUUCAGAACGAGAGACUUAUUCCAGAACUCAAUGAAACCUGGAAGCGACAUAUUGUAUGGGAUGUUCAUGACAUCAAUUCAGCUGAAGGAAAAAUCAAUAAAUUAAAAAUAAUAAUUCCUCCAAAAAAUGAUAAGAUACUUCAGGAAACGGUACAAGCUAUGUGGAAGAUUGAUAUUCUAGAUCCAUGGCUUGUCAAAUUUGGCAACAACCUUCUUAAUUAUUUCAUUAAGCCAAUUAUCACAAAUCCAACCAGACUACUUGAGCAAUCAGAAGGCACUUGUUUGGCUCUUGCCAUUGAUCCUCCUAAUGAAGAAAGUCAGACCAGUCCUGAGGAUGUUCUCUCUCAAAUUGCUAUAAUUAUGAAGAAACUCAAUGAAAAUCUCUUUUCUGUUCCUCUUACCUCUUCCAAUGAUGGUACACAGCCAGCAAUUUCUCUGAUGGAACGUUUUGGUUGCCUUAAUUCUCAAGAAAUAUGUCGAGUAAUUGUCCAAGACUGUCUCUUACAUGCAAUUCCUUGUAAUAACAAAGAUUUAGAAAAGUUCAAUGAUGUUAUUGCAGUGGUGAAUUCAUUUCAAAAUCAAAUGUCUGACAUGUCAUUUAUUGAUGAGAAAAUUACCUCCUUGAAAGAUUUUAUGGAGAAUGUUAAUGUUCUCUUUGCAAAUAAAAAAUGUCAGGAGAUUCUUGAAGCAGCACACAAAUUAAUGACUUCUGAGAUUCAUCAAACUUUAGUAAUAUCUAAUGACAAACCUCUUGGAGAAUUGCCUUCACUGGAUUCUGAAGCUCCAGCUACUAAGAAAGCCAAGAAAAUAGAAAUAUUGGCUAAUGAGACUCAUCUUAGUGAUAAUACCUUUAGAUUACCUACAUGUCAUAUAAGUGAAUCUGUUGUGAAGCUAAUAACAUUAUCCUAUGAAACCCUCACAGAAGCUGUAUCCAGUUCUGCUCCAUGUGCCAUUAAGAUGUUUUAUGCUGUGCGAAAUAUGUUUGAGAUAUUUUGUUGUGUUUUUCCUACUUACCACAAACAACGUUUGACCACUUUACCACAAUUAACUGCCAUCCACUACAACAAUUGUAUGUACAUAGCUCAUCAUCUUAUGCUCCUUGGGCCUCAAUUCAAUCGUAUGCUACCACCUCCACUGUGUGAGGGUGCAGGUACAUUCAUGGACCUAAUUCAGAAAAUCCGUUCAAUUGGAACAGGGGAUUUGUUGCAACAAAUGGCAACACAAAGAAAGGAUAUUCUUGAAUGCCUUAGCUCUGCUGCAGGAUUUGUUUCCAUUUCUGACGAAAGAAACCGUUUUUCUGCUGAGCGCUCUAUUAAGCAAGUUGUCUACAAGCUGAACCACCUAAAAACAGUAUGGGAAGACAUUCUUCCUCCUAAUAUCUACUUCAAAGCUAUGGGUGCACUUAUAAACUGUGUCUUGGUGGAAAUGAUUAGCAGCAUCAUAAAUUUAGUGGACAUAAGUGCAGAAGAAGCCAGUCACCUGCAUCAACUGCUUUGUCUUUUGAAUGAGAAAGCUGAACCAUUGUUUUGUACGAAACAUAAUGAUGAUUCAAGUAACAAUGCUCAUGUCAAAAUUCAGUUACAACGGAACAUUCCUAGCUGGAUAAAGUUUAAAGAACUCAUUUUUGUUCUUAAUGCCAAUUUACAAGAAAUUUCUGACCGGUGGGCUGAUGGCAAAGGCGUUUUAGCACAUGAGUUUUCAAGUAAUGAAAUGAAACUGUUGAUUCAAGCUCUAUUUCAAAAUACUGACAGACGAGCUGCUGUGUUAGCUCGGUUAUAGUUCCUUAGUUAAUUAUAACAACUGUAGCUUUAAAAGUAUGGGACUUGCAAACUUCUGUUAGUUACAUGUCACAUUUUACUCAACUUCUCUGAAGAUUUUCACCUGUGACUUUCAUCCUUCCUAACAUAUUUUGUCUGUCAUAUCUGUUUGCUAUCCCUCUUUCUCUCUCUCUCUCCAUACACACACAAACACUACAUACAUUCUGUCAGAAAAUGAAGGGAUGAUCACAGCAAGAAAUGCUUUUGAUUGUAGGUCUGCUUAACCUGGAUCUAAACAACAACACAUUGUUUUUUUGUUGUCUUGACUUGCAAUGUCUGGCUUGCACACCUCAGAAAAUAGUAUUGGCUGUAUUUAGUGGGGAAAGUGCUGUGAGAUGCAAUAGAUUUUCAACUCGAGCCUUUUGUGACCAUAUUUCUGUUGAAAUACACUGCCUUUAUUUCAUUUAAUUUUUAAAAUAUUGAAUUUUUUGAAAAAAAUAACUGUUAUUAAGCUGGUUAAUUUAACACUGGAAUAUUGAGGGGAAGUUUAAAUUUAUAUCACUUUAAAACAGGAAAUUUGUAUCAUAGAACCAGGGAGUUUUGGAUAGGAUGGCAUCAAAUGGGUUCAAUAAACUAAUUAUAGAUUAAGAGGAGGAACAUUUUGUGGGGUUAUUCCUUAGCUUGCUUAUAUCAUUUAUACAUUUUUCACAGGCUACAUACAGAGUCUCAGUGGUGCUACAUGUCUACUAGGCCUGUUUUAUAUUAUGUACAUGUAUUUCUCUUUCAAUCUGCUUGUCUAUAUUAACCUUUGCAGAUGUAAAUUGAAUACUCUCUUCCUUAUCUAAAGCAGAUAUUGCAUCCAUUCAUAUGAUAAUGGACUUCAUUAUUAAAUAAAGGCUAAUUUGAUUUCUGGAAAAUUGGGUGACUUUUCAGUUUUAAUAUAUUUUAGCCUCUCUUACAUUUGGUUUUUAUUUUAUUUAUGCAUAAGCACUUUCAUAUCUUCUCACACAGUCUCUAUCUCUCUCUCCUCUGACAGUAUUUCUCACAAAUGCAUACAAAAUUUCUUCCCAUAUUAAUUCUACAGUUUGUACAUUAACAGAAACAUUUUAUAUAAAAAUAUAUAUAUAAAUACAAAUUUUUUUUAUAUUUA